CCAUCACGUCAUACUCAACAGCAACAAUAACAACGUAAAGAUACUCCUAAUUUCAUUCCAUUAGUGAACCCAUUUCAUAAACAAAUUUUCAGUUUGUCUUUUUUUUGUGGAUUUUGCAUUGGAGGAAUGUUCUCAUUCCUUAGUACCUACUCAAUAACAGUUAUAAUUUAAAUUGGAAAUCAAGUUGAAAAAUCUCUGUCGUCACCUGCUCUUUGAGGUUAGUCUAGCCAAUGAUCGGUAGAUUUAUCAUUUUAUGCGAUCAUAAUAUUGUAAAGCAGAUGUAUAGAUUUCCUAGGUUGAAAUUUUAAGAAAAUAUUGAAGCUUUUUCUUUGAACUGCACAAAUUCUCAUGAUGUCUUCAUAGGCCUUAGUUAAAGCAGUAUCUAGGCCUACAUUUAAGUACUUAAACACGUCACUUUUCAAAAACCAGAUUAAGUAAAAAUGAAAAUUCUACUUGUUGGAGGUGGAAUUACAAGUGCUUUAACUGGAAUGUGUCUUAGAAAAUUAUUGCCGGAUUGUAAUAUCAGCCUGUGGGACAAGGCAAGAGGUGCGGGAGGCAGGAUGGCCACAACUCGAUGCUCUUUAAACCCGAGCUGUACAGCUGAUUUAGGCGCCCAGUACAUCACAACAACAGAAGAGUACAUGAAAGCAAAUGGAGAUGUAUACAACCAUUUAAUAUCUGAGGGAAUAUUGGAACCACUUAAAUGCCACGUUAUUGGAAUGAGGCAUCAAGACAACACAAAAAACUUUGUUGUUCCUAAUGGCACAAGUUUUCUUGUAAAGAACAUACUACAACAAGCUAAGAUAAAUGAAACAAAAUUUUCUCACCAUGUCUCAUCAAUAGAUCUUGAAGAUGGAAGGUGGAUAGUUGAAACAAAAACAGGUGAAAAGGAUUACUUUGAUGUCGUUGUCUUAACUAUGCCAGUACCACAACUGUUUCUACUCGAAGGGUCAGUUAAAAGAAGCAUUCAAAGUCUUGCAGAACCCUUGAACACAGUUACCUAUAGCGCUAGAUAUGUGUUGGUUCUAUUUUACCUGGAAAAUAUCAAUGAAAACUGGGGUGCACAAUACAUCGAUAACAAUCCCAUAUUUAGAUACGUUUCCAUAGACAACAUAAGGAGAAAUCAGCCAGAAAAUCUCUGUGCUGUAGUUUUACAUUCUACGGUCAGCUUUGGAGCAAAACACAUUGAAGACUCAAUUCCAGAUAUGGAAAAAGUGUUGGUUUCUCAGGCAAAAGUUCUAUUUCCCAACUGGCCUGAGCCUAAAGCAGUCAAGUGUCACAAGUGGAGAUACUCGCAAGUGACAAAUACUUAUCCAGACGCUCCUGGUUGUGUGUUGGUAUCUUCUUCCGCCCCAUUGGUCAUAGGAGGAGAUGCAUUUGCAGGUUCAAAAUUUGACAAUUGUAUCCAAUCUUCAAAAUCGAUAUGUCAGAAAGUUGUGGAAGCUCUGGAAGUUGGUAAACUUUUUCAAGACAUCACAGACCGAAGUGUUAAGCCCACUUUAGACAUGCGCCAUUCGCCAAGCACCAAACAGCGACUCGCCGAAUCGCGAGUAGUGAAUAGGUGUUUGUCUAUUUGGCAAGCAGCAAACAUUCAUGCUUGUGUUUUCCUGUUCAUUGCACACAUCAAAGUGAACGAAUAUUUAUGCUAUUCCCAAUAUGAACAGUUGCUCGGAAAACAACACAUGUGUGAAGACGUCUACUUGUUAAUUGGCGAAUUAGUAAGACAACUAGAUCACCGAAUGUAAAAUAUUUCAUGCUUCGAGAAUGGGGCAUGUCUGGAGCCAGCUUAAGUGAAUGUCAAUGAGUCACUUAUGGAGUACUUACUUCAAUGAGUUUAUGGACAUAUAUAAAAAUGCCUACUCCAUAUAAGCCAGAUAUAUUUUCAUCCUACUGAUCAUAAAUUAGAUACAAAAAAGUGUUUGUACGUUCAAUAAUACGUUUACAAUUGUUGUUGCUGUAUUUGUAAUGCUAAUUCAUGUACUUAUUUGUCUCAAACAAACCGUUGUAUGUUUUUUAUACUCAAUGUUUCAUGUAUUUUUAUAUCACUUUUGUACAAAACACUAUAUUUUGGCAAUAAAAUGCUUUU